AUGUCCAUCGAACGUGCAAAAAGGCAGUAUCAGUCCUUCCCUGGAUCCCAGUAUAUACUCCCAUCCGACAUUAUAGAAAGGGACCGACUGGCCCUUCAGCACCGCGUUCUGAAACAAGCUCUUGAGAAUCAGCUGAUCCGUCCACCUGUUUCGCUCAAUGCUGGAGACCGGAUUCUCGACAGUGGGACCGGAUCUGGAACUUGGUUAUUGGACAUAAUCGAAAUGGUGUCGCCAGACGUGAUCCUAAUCUGCAUCGACAUUGAGCCCCGCCUUUUUCCUACGACUUGUCCUCAGGUUAUCUCGCGCGGAAAAGUGGACUUCAGUGUUUGUUCGAUCACCAAGCUACCCGCGGACUGGAGCGAAUCAUUUGCGUUCAUCAAUCAGAGGCUGCUAAUAGCUGCUUUACGCACAGAGGAGUGGAAGGAGGCCUUUGAAGAGAUGCACCGUACACUAUUACCAGGAGGAUGGGUUCAGCUCGGCGAAAUUGGCACGCUAAAGUGCGGCCCGGUGACUGAGAAAUAUCAAUCCCUUCUUCGGGCAUUAUUUUCCUUCAGGGGAUUAGAUCUCGAUUGCGUCAUGCACAUUCCUCUGCUACUGAAGGACACCGGAUUUACCAAUAUCAGCGUGAAGAAACACUCUAUACCACUUGGACGAUGGGCGGGCGAGAUGGGCAUAGAAGCCCGCGACAAUUUUAUUGGAGCAUACGUGGGGAUGAAGGAUGCUAUAUUGAGCGCCGGAGGGUUUGGAUUUGUCAAGACUGAGGUGGAAUUGGACGCCUUGCAUCUUGCACUGGAGAAAGAAUGGGAUGAAACCGAAGGCUCUAUUAUUGAAUACGUAGUAUUUUGCGCUCAGAAAUGUACACUGUGA